UGCGACCAUGCCGUCAUGCGAUCUUGCGAUCAUACACCUUCCAACCGCUGCGACGGCAACACGAGCUGACGGAAUGUGGCUGGUGCAGAUACUGUACUUGGUGGGCUCGUUGACGGUCUUUGCUGGUCUGCUGCUGGGCUACUGCGGAGAAAGUGUCAAUGGAGAGUUCUACGGCAAUGCGAGUGCGAAGCUGCUGCGCUUCCGAGACUUUGAGCCCCGCCAGCAAGGACGACACUUGGACGAGGCCUUCGCGGAGGAGAUGGAUGCGGAGAUGGACAUGGGGAUGGGCCUGCCUGGCGUGGGCCGGGAGGGACGUGGCUUCCACUUUCAUGCCAGCGGCGAGGAUGUCAGCGUCGAGUUGGAGUUCAUCGUGCCAUUCCUGAAGGUGCCGGUGAAGCGCAGCAUGGGCCUGGCCCGCGACGCCGUGCAGAACCUCCUGAACCUGCGCACGGGAACGCUGCUCAACACGGCGGUUGUGGUGGCUGCGGGAGCUGUCAUUGCAGCCGUGGUGCGCCUUCUCCUGGCUCCGCUGGUGAUCACGUCGCUGGGCAACGGACACGGAUACGGCUACAGAUCGGAUACCGCCAGAGGCAGUAAGUGUGGCAAGUCGUGGGCGGCGUAGUCCAGAAGCAGGUCUCAAGUGCUCGUGUUCGUGUUCUCCCUGACAGUGCGCAGCCUAACGGACGCUGUGGAGUCCCACCUGGAGGAGCACAACAUGGACGUGUCCGCCUGUGCCCAGCGCUACAUCUGCCAGUACCUGCAGCACAAUGUCUCCCCGAGCUAUGCGCGGGCUCUCCACGUGGU